GCAGGCUACCAUUAAAUGACCAACACUGUGCCAGCUCAGAACACUGGUCUGGGGCCUGAGAAGACCUCCUUUUUCCAGGCUUUGGGCAUCACCACGAAAAUCUCCAGGGGCACCAUUGAAAUCCUGAGCGACGUGCGGCUGAUAAAGACUGGAGACAAAGUGGGAGCCAGUGAAGCCACGCUGCUGAACAUGCUGCACAUCUCGCUCUUCUCGUUUGGGCUGACCAUCCAGCAGGUGUUCGACAACGGCAGCAUCUACAACCCCGAAGUGCUGGACAUCACGGAGGGAACCCUGCACUCGCGCUUCCUGGAGGGUGUGCGCAACAUUGCCAGUGUGUGUCUGCAGAUUGGCUACCCGACCAUGGCAUCAGUGCCCCAUUCCAUCGUCAAUGGGUACAAGCGUGUCCUGGCUUUGUCUGUGGAGACUGAGUAUACCUUCCCACUUGCUGAAAAGGUCAAAGCCUUCUUGGCUGAUCCAUCUGCAUUUGUGGCUGCUGCCCCUGUGGCCGCGGCCAGCGCUGCUGACCCUGCUGCUGCCGCCGCAGCCCCAGCCAAGGUGGAGGCCAAGGAAGAGUCGGAUGAAGAUAUGGGAUUUGGUCUCUUCGACUGAUCACUGCAAAGCAGCCAGCUUUAUUUGCGAAACAAGGAAAU